AUGUCUUCCACAAUUGUUGCGACCAACACCUUCACCGGAGCGGUGGAGGAUGAGACUUCUCGAAUGCUCCAAGCCGCGGAAGCCAACCAUACCAAACCACUAUGGCUUCAGAUGUCCAGGUUGAAUCCUCCUUUACCCAAUCCUAAAUGCACGCCUUUUCUUUGGAAAUAUUCGGACAUCCGACCGACCCUUCUGCAAGCUGGACAGCUCGUGAACGAACACCAAGCUGAGCGGAGGGUAUUGAUGCUCGUCAACCCGGCUAGAGAUGCCCCUUUCACAACCGAUACCAUCUACGCCGGAUUGCAGCUGGUCAUGCCCAAUGAAACGGCAAAGGCUCAUCGGCACACAGCGUUUGCCAUGCGCUUCAUUAUCGAAGGCCAAGGCGGUUUCACUGCUGUUCAUGGUCGGCGCAUCCAGAUGAGUCGUGGGGACGUCAUUUUGACUCCAACCUGGAACUGGCAUGACCACGGCAAAGACGGUUCUGGGCCGAUGAUCUGGCUGGAUGGCCUCGACUUACCAAACUUCACUCAUUUCCCUGUUCAUUUCGUUGAACAUUUCAAGGAGCCUCGUUACCCAGCCGAGAACGUCGACACAUCUCAGUCACCCAUUGUCUUUCCGUGGAGCCGGAUGAAGGCAGCCUUGGAUUCCCAGAGCGGUGACUAUGUCAUGGAAAGAUACCUUCACGCGGAUGGCUCUGAAGUGAGCAGAAUCCUUGGUGGGAAGGCCGCCCGCAUAAAUCCGGGUGCCAAGUCGCCGGUCGUUCAGGAAACGGCAUCUUCAGUUUAUCACGUUGUGGAGGGCACUGGCCGAAGCCGCAUUGGCGAUCAAAUCUUCAACUGGAAGAAGGGAGACACUUUCUGCGUCCCAUCAUGGUACUCUUACGAGCAUUUUGCCGAUGAGACGCUGUCAGAGCCAGCCUACCUCUAUCGUUUCGAUGACUCGCCCAUGCUGAAAAGUCUUGGAUUCUAUCGAUCGGCUGAUAUGGACGUGGAAAGUCUGGUGUCCAACUAA